AAGGGCUCUGUCGACGCGGGAAUUCGGCAGCUGAUUGACCAGAUCAAUGCGCAUGCGGGACUGGUCACGACGAGCAGCUGCGCCGGGCGGGUGAGUGUGUACCUUGAGGGCGCGAAGGCUACUACGGCUGCCGGAGGAGGUGAAGAAAAGGGGACUGCGUCUGCGGUAGGCACGGGCACGGUGACGGGCGGCCAUGGCCAGAACGGACCGCGCGGAGCAGCGAGUUCUGCUGGUGGGAAAGGCGGAGGAGAGUGGUUGUUUGUGUCGCAUGAUCCGGUCGAGGAGGGACGUGGUGAUGAUGGGAGCGAGGAGGGGUAUGAGAAAUUCCUGUUGGGCCUUGGGGCGGCAGAUGAAGCAGCUGAGCCAAACGCGGGAGAGCUUCUUGAGCUGACGGCGUCGUCAAGGCUGAUCCAUUUCAAGUUCGAGCCGAUGAUCCUGCAUGUCCUAACAGCCUCGCCCGAUCAUGCUCAGUUGGUUAUUCAGGCGGGUAUGGAGGCUGGUUUUCGCGAGACCGGGGCUGUCAGCUUGCUCAAACGCCAGCCGGACAAGGAAGCGAUGCCCAUGGUCGCCGUGCGAUCAAUGGGCCUGUCUUUUGAGUCGUUGAUUGGGGCCGAAGCACGCGGUGUUCGCCAACUGAUUGUGACGCCGGAUUACCUGAAGACACUUGUGCAUAUAGCCAAUGAGCGAUUUGUCGAAAACAACAAGAGGAUAGCUAGGUUUAGCGCUGCUCUUGAGGCGGUUUCUUCCUCUCCUAAGGGCAAGGCUGGUUGGGAAGAUGCCCAGGCAAGAAGGGAGCGCAAACGACAGGAGGGUCUGAGACGGCGAAAGGAGCUCAGGAAAGACAGCAAGUCUGCGGAUGAGACCGGCGAAGACUUGACACUGCAACAAUCAGACGUGCUCUAAUGCUCGGACUCGCCCAGAUUGCAACGUCUUUCUACUCCCUUGUCUAUAGCCCUGGGAAUCCUUUCGCUCCUGGCUUCCGAGGCCAACGGCCCCUUUGUUACAUGAUAUUUUGGUAUACAACACUGUCCCGGCAAUGUCAAGCCGCAUCCACCGCCUGCCAACCAAAACCCCUCAAAUCUAGCUGACGACCUUGUCCACCCACCCCUUCUCUAGCCUCCUGACUUCGU